GUCUUCCAAGCGGGAUAGGUCAAGACCAUCUCCCCUCUUUUUCCUGAUUGGCUAAUCGGCAAAGCCCGGUCUCCGGGUAAGAUGGCAGCGGACGGACAGUGCUCGCUCCCCGCUUCAUGGCGGCCGGUGACCCUCACCCACGUCGAAUAUCCCGCAGGUGAUCUUUCAGGCCACCUCCUCGCCUACCUGAGCCUCAGCCCCAUCUUCGUUAUUGUUGGCUUUGUGACACUCAUCAUAUUCAAGCGAGAGCUUCACACUAUUUCUUUCCUGGGGGGUCUGGCACUCAACGAGGGGGUCAACUGGCUAAUAAAGAACAUUAUCCGGGAGCCCCGGCCCUGUGGAGAUACCCACUCCAUGGUGAAUACCAAAUAUGGGAUGCCUUCCAGCCAUUCCCAAUUUAUGUGGUUCUUCUCAGUCUACUCCUUCCUUUUUCUUUAUUUAAGAAUGCAUCAAACAAACAACGCCAGAUUCCUGGACUUGUUAUGGAGACACGUGCUCUCUCUGGGCCUCGUGACAGUAGCUUUUCUUGUCUCAUAUAGUAGAGUGUAUUUGUUGUACCACACCUGGAGCCAGGUUCUCUAUGGAGGGGUUGCAGGAAGCAUCCUGGCUGUCGCGUGGUUUGCCUUCACACAGGAGAUCCUCACUCCACUGUUCCCCAGGAUAGCAGCCUGGCCCAUAUCUGAGUUCUUCUUAAUUCGAGACACAAGCCUCAUCCCCAAUGUCCUGUGGUUUGAGUAUACAGUCACAAGAGCAGAGGCCAGAAACAGACAGCGAAAGCUGGGUACAAAGCUACAGUGAGAGUGCUCGGGUGUGGCUGGGCCAGCCCCACAGAUCUGACUGGUAGGAUGCCGCCAUGGAGACCUCGACAGACCCAAGUCACCACGUGGAGCCUUUUUCUUUCUUUCUUUCUUCUUUUUUUUUUUAAAUCAACAAGACGGACCAAAGGCCAGACUGGGGCCUUCAGCGGGAGUCCAGAGGCCUGGGCGUUGGUUUGGGCAGCACGCCAGGCAUCCCCACUGCCCAUGGGACCAGGAUGCAAAUGGACCUUGCCCAUACCACCACUGCACACUGAGAGGCAGAAUGUACCAUAACAUCCAAGGCCAGAGGAAGGCACUAAGGGUGGGAUAAUAGGGGAGAAAGAAGAAAACUUUCAUCUGAGAGCUUGAGACAGGGUGGGUGGGGAAAAAUCUAACAGCCAAGUAUUUGUGUGGAAUUUAGGUGGUAUGAAAUAUACAUGCUAUUUAUUUUUUUUCUAAGGUUAAUUUGAUUUUUUUGAGUUGGGAUCUGGGGCUGGGGUAAGGCCUUUUUGAAGAGAAACCCAUUGAGUGGGGUUGGUUUCUCAGUGGUGCAGGGAGAGUCUAAUUCCAGACCGUUUGGGCAAUGUCAGUUCCAUCUAUCUGCACUUUGUAAGGAAGAAAAAAACUUGAUGGACAUUUUGCUUUGAACACCAGGAAGCAGCCUACCUCUCCUCUUAUUGUGGUUGUGAAACAUGGGGGCUUAGGGCAGAGCAUUUGGGGAAAUCAGCCCUUUCUUUGAUUCCUAUCUCCUCUCUGCCAAUAACAGCCUAGUAUGGUGGAAGCUGUUUCUGAGUAUUGUUCCCUGUAACACAGCUAUUUCCAUAUCUGGGAGAGUGAUAGCUCAGAGAAACAGUGCUUCUUCCAUUGGUCUGGUGAUGACAUUCUUUAUAACAGUAAUCUCAUUCAAGGGCCUUCUCUGAUCCUUGUCCAUGCAAUGGGUUGUACCUUCUAUAAUGAAAGAACUUUUUUUUUAAAUGCUAUUUACAUUGUAGAUGGGGAAACCUGAACUGUUUUACAGAUUUCUUUUUGUCUUGCCAUCAGGUAGCAAUUACUUUUCAAUUCCUUUCAUCCUUCCCCACUUCCAGUAUCCCAACCACUUCAGAACGUCCCCCUACCAC